AUGUACGUGCUGCGUAUAAUGGCCCUUUAUGAGACACUCUUUGAAAUACGAGGCGUGUCAUCUCGCCUCACCAACAUCAAGGGCUAUUGCCACCCCAGAGUCGUUCUUCAUCAGCAAGCCGUGAAUCUCCCCACUGCCAUCAGGGGCUGUACUCGAAAUGGCCAACGUCUGCCCCCGAAUGAGUCAUUUAGAUCCACUGAUCCACAUAGACUUACCUCUGGUGCCUUCGGGCUGGCGAGUCAGUGGCAAUAUGAGGAUUCUCCCUUUAUGUUGGAGGAACAGUACACAUGCCUGUUACACAUAGGUGAACCACAGAAGUGUAUCAAUCAAUCGUCAUUCUAA